GAGGAUUAGGUACACCUUGGUUUAAGCGAGCUAAUUCAGUUAAUUGAAUGUCUUACAUGUCGACUCAACAUUAAAUGCGUCUACCAGCGAUGGACAGAACAUUUCAUCAAAUUGAAGCUGUAUUUGGCAAGUAAGAAGUUUUGAAUUUAAUAGAGUAAAAUAGUACUCAUUUGGAACGAGGAGAACGAUUGUCAUUAGGUUUCAAUGGAGGUUUAAACUGAUCGUUGACAUGGUUUGAAGUGUAAUCCUUUAGUCGGGAUUAGUACCUGCUGGCAGAGCAAAAGGCAUGCAUUGCAUGUUAUAUGGAUGCUCCCAACACGGUCGAUGACAUGUUUCGCUUGACUAUACCCAAACUGUGCAGACAAAGACUGGCCGAGUACCGGCAACGGAAAGCUCACGCGGAUUCCCAGAGAAAGAAGAAGAAGAAAAAGAAGUCUGAGGAGGAAUCGCAGGGAAGUGCGGAGCCGGAUCGCUUGGCGGAACGGGAUGACGACGCAGUCGGAGGCCAACACGGAACGCGGGAGUCACCGACUGUAUCCGAGCUGAGCUUUGCCAAGACGUUGCGCAGCGGGGAGACUGUCAAGCAUGAUCAGACCUACACCAUAGAGCCUGAAAGUGAAGUGUCAACAACAGCAGAAGAUUAUUCCUCUGAGCAGGUUAACGGCUGCCGUGAGAUGAUGACCAAUCUCAUGACGUCCUCCUCCGGGGAUUUUUUUUGGGAGGAGGCAGAACGAGAGGAGAUGAAGAGGGGAAAGAUGCAGGAUAUCGAGGAGGCGCUUGUCGCCAAAACCCGAGCAGUGGAGGAACUGAGUCAAGAGCUCGAAGAUAUACGGGCCGCAUUUGGAACGGAAGGUGUGCAGAAGCUGCAGGACUUUGAGGCAGCGCUGAAGCAAAGGGACGGCAUCAUCACACAGCUCACUGCCAAUCUCCAACAAGCUCGUGAGGAGAAAGAUGAAAUCAUGAAGGAGUUCCUGGCGUUGACUGAGCAAAGCCAAAAACUACAGAUUCAGUUCCAGCAGCUGCAGGCCGGUGAGACCCUUCGGAACACCAGCCACACCAGCACGGCUGCUGACCUUCUUCAGGCCAGGCAGCAGCUGGCGCAAUAUCAGCUACAGCUGGAAGAGGUCAAAAUGGAAGCUGGAAAGAACCAGGUGAAGAGCGACCAGCAACAAGAACUAAUUGGUCAGCUCCAGCGCAAAAUAGGCGACAUGGAGUUGUCAGGGAGAAGAUCAGAGGAGUCAUUCACACAAAAGCUAAAUGAGAAGGAUUUUCUCAUUGCCGAGAAAGAAAAGGUCAUCAUCAAUCAAGAUCAGUCUCUUGCCGAACUGAGAACAGCUGAAGAAAGUCUCGCCACCAUGCUGAAAGAGAAAAAUUUGCUGCUAUCCGAACAGACGGCUUCCUUGAAUCUGUUCCGUGAGGAAAUCGCCAUUUUGGGACGGUCGGCGAACGACAUUCAAGCAUCAGUUGAGAAGGACCUGAUCAUAGCAGAGCAAGAGAGAGUCAUUUCUGAACGGGAUUGUUCCCUUAGCCGGCUUGAGCAGGAGCUGGAGUCAUCUCGGCAAAGCCUGCGUGGCCUCCAACAGCGAGUGUCCGCGAAGGAAUCGGAGCUUGAAAAAUGCCUGGAGGACUUGCAGAACACUAAGUGUGAUUUAGAAAGCAGUAAAGGCGAAAUGGAGAGUUGUAAAUCGCACCUGGAGAAAGUGCAAGGUGACCUACAAAGCUGUCAAAUUGAGCUCAACAGUUCCCGGCAGAGAGAGAAAACGUCCUCAGAUGAGAUUAAGCAGCUGAUGGGAACGGUGGAGGAUCUGCAAAAGCGCUGUCACCGGGACAGCCUUUCAGAGGGUGACAUUGUCCAAAGAAUGCAACAGGAAACUGCCCAGAAGCUGGACCUUCUCAGGGCUGAGCUGGACGAGAUGUAUGGCCAGCAGAUUGUCCACAUGAAGCAGGAGCUCAACCUGCAGAACACGGCACGUAUGGAGCAAGCAACCGCAGAGCAUCAAGCAGAGAUGGAGCGACAGCUCCAUGAGGCGAAGCUUCUAAAAGAGCAAAACUUAACUGUCAAGGAAACACUCAAUGUUAAGAUUCAAGAGCUUCAAGCGGCAUUAGCACAAUCCGCAAAUGAAUUCAACAGAGAAAAGUUCAAUCUCCAGGCCGAGUUACAGAACCUCCGCGGCGAUCUCCGUUCCGCUAAGGAAAAAGCCGAGUUAGCUUCCAACAGUCUCAUUUCGCAGGAGAGCCAACAAGAUGAGAUGCAGCGCCUUCUGGUGACUGUUGAAGACCUACAACGCCAGCUGGCUGCUGCUGGGGAGGCGGCGCUGGAAGCCGAGACCCAGCACGAGUCUGAGACUACCAACUACAAGAUUAAACUGGAGAUGCUGGAACGAGAGAAGGACGCCGUGCUGGACCGAAUGGCUGAGUCGCAGGAAGCUGAGCUGGAAAGACUGCGAACGCAUUUGCUGUUCAGCCACGAGGAGGAGCUUACCCACCUCCGGCAAGAGCUCCGUAGAGAGAGCUUCCUCAAUGCUGAAAAUCUUCUCAACGAAGCUUCCGUCAAACACCAAAAAUCUCUGGAUGAUUUGCGUCGUGCCAAUGAAGACCAAUUGCAUUUGUUACAAAGGGAGAAAGUUACAUUUUCCAAUGAGCGAGAAGAACUCUUGCAACAGAUCAAUGGCUUGAAGGAAGAUCUCAAGAUGGCUUUGCACAACUCCAGAUCAGAUGAGCUUGUGCGGCAGCUGCAGGAGCUUCAGGUUGAACUGGAAGAUUUACGGAAGACCGGAGAGCAACGAGUCAGGCUGGAGAAUGAAAACGAAACGUUGCUGAAGAACGUUGAGGUUCUAGAAGAGAAAGAGCGCAAAUGGAAGGGACAGCAGCAAGAAAAUGAUUCAAAAAUGUUGGAAAUGGAAAAGGUCGUGUCUCAGUUAAGAGAAGAGAUCGAAAAGCAGCGAACAACAUUCUCCUUUGCUGAGAAAAAUUUCGAUGUCAACUACCAGGAGCUGAAAGAGGAAUACUCCUGCCUUAUAGAUGCAAAGACACAACUGGAAGAAAGGACGCUGAAGGAGGCGCUUGAAUUUCAGGCCAAAAUCGCUGGCCUCCAGUCACAAAUAGGAGAGUUGGAGGGUGAAAAUGUCAAAAGGUCUGCCGAGGCUGUAGAAAAAGCCUCAGAACUUACGGAGAAGCUUCACGUUACACUGCUCGAGAAGGAAAGCCUCACGGCAAAACUUUCUCAAGUCACUGAGGAACUGGUGGUUGCGGAGAACAAAACAGGUCAGCUAAGUGAAGAGCUGGAAGAGGUUAAAAGAAUGAGAGGAGAGGACCAUCAUGAUCAGAUUCGCUCACUCCGAGGAGAGGUCGAAUCUCUUCAGACUCUCUUGAAGGCCGCGGAAGCUGAAAGAGACAGCAUCCGGCGAACCCUUGAGCGACCCGUCGAAGGACGAGCCUCUCCACAGAAGCCCGUCACAGCCUCAGCGGGCUCCAACCGGCGUAAGAGGCGUCAGAGGUUGAAGCAGGAGCGCAGAGUGAGCGGCGGCGGCGGCCCCUUAGAGGCUGCCAGGCAAAGGGAGGAGGAGGAAGAGGAGGAGGAAGACGAAAGCAGAGCUACAAGUGCCGCAGAAUCAGAGAUGCAGACAGAGAGUCAGGUUCGCGGCGAUGAAACUGACGGCUGCCAGGGAGACAGCACCAUCAAACAGGGCGAGUGCAAGCUACAGAUGGAGGUGCAACGCAUAAGCUUGACUGAGCUGCUGCAGGAGGAGACAGACUGCCGGAAAGAUACUGGUGACCAAGAUAUAGACAAGCUCCAAAUGCUAAAGGCAGAGGCUUUGGAAAAGCAGGGUCACCUGGAGGAGAGUCAUCGGAUUGAGAUGGAGCGUCUCAGGGCUCAAUACAUGAAAAGCAACGCCGAGACAGAGGAGCGCUGCGCCGCUGAACUCGCAAUGCUACGGCGGCAAGUGCAGGAGCUAACGGACUCGCGGGCAACUGACAGUGGCCUACAGUCUAGCCAAGAGCAAAGCGAGGAACAUGAAGAGGAGCUAAAGGACCUUAGUGAUGAGCAGCUGUCCCGGUGGGUGUCAGGCUCCCGCUCAGGGUUGAGCGCCAAGCUGCAGGCGCUGAGGAAGGCACUGUACAAUGAGUAUAUCCAAGAAGUGGCCGCCCUCAAGGAGCAACACCGCACCGAGCUGAGCAGGCUGCGGCAGCAACUGGAGAGGGAGAGGACAGUAGAGCGACGGGAUACCAACGGCCUUGACGGAGGAGCAGUUAGCUCCUCGGAGACAGCCGGUGUUGCUGGGCAAAGCGAAUUGCGGAGGAAGCAGAGGGUGGAAGAGGAGGUCGCUAAGGCCAUCGUCCAGAUGUCGGUGGAGUACGCACAGCAGACAGAGUUGGCCCGCAUCAACAAGCUCGCCUGCCAGACCAGCGCGGCCAUGCAGACCCAGUCGGACGGUGAGGAGGACACACAAGAAAAAGCGUCGACCACGCUGAACUCCUGGUUAAAAGAGGAAAGGGAGUGCCUGGAGAAGGAGCUGCGGGAUAGAAAUGCUGAAAUCCAGAAGCUCCGGGAGAAGUUGCGGCGAGCUGAAUCGGGAGCAGAGAAGCCGCUACAAAUGAUAGAAGAUGGUGAAGGAAAAGUUGAAGAUGAGGACAGCGUGGAUAAAGACAUCGACAAGGACAAUGAAAGAACUGUCCUACGCCGUGCCAAUGAGAGACUCGGUCGUGUAUUGGCUGACAUCCUGAAGACCACGGCGGCGGCAGAAGAAACAAUGGGCCUCCACAUGCAAAGUCUGAAGGCUUCUUCCAGUGCAGGACUGCAGACCUCAACGCCCACUGCAUUACACAUCGCAGAUCUGUCUGGCAAGAGUUCACCUUACGAUAGCUUCCUCCUAGGGGAGGACGAGGGACAUCUGAUGGGCCUCAGCAGUCGUCUUCAAACUGCCUUGGAGAAGAUGCUGACUGUUAUCACUGACACCACCAAUCAGGUGGAACAUGCCCGCAUCACUCAGACGGAGCUCAUGCGUGAGUCUUUCCGCCACAACCAGGAGAUUAGCGAGCUCCUGCAGAAGCAAGAGGAGCUGCAGGAGCGCCUGGCUGAGGAGGCCAGGGCACGCGAGCAACUCGCCCUCGAGCUACACCGGGCAGAGGGUUUGAUUGACGGCUACACGGGUGAACGGGCUGCCCUGGAGGAGCAAUUACGUCAGAAGGAGGAGCUUCAGCUCAAUUUGGAGCAGGACCUACAGGUUACGGCAAGCCGACUGCAGGAACUUGAGCAGGAAAGGCUUCAAAUGCAGGAGGAGCGUGAGCUGGUAUCCCGGCAACAAGACGCCAUGCGAGAAACCGCAGGGCCCCGUGAACUUUGCCUAGUUGAAGCUGCAAUGGUUGCAGCACCUGAAGCAGAUCUGCUGGAAGAGACUGAGAAGCUGAUGAAGGAGAAGGUAGAAGUCCAACGUCAGGCCGAGAAAGAGAGUGCAGACUUUCUAAAACAGAUGAAGGUGCUGGAAGCCGAGCUAGAGGAACAAGUCAACCGGGUGAUCGAGCUGGAGCAUGCCCGCGAGACCGAGACCGGGGACCUUCAGCAACAGAUCCAGGCUCUGGAGAAGCAGCUGGACAAAAACAGGCGCUUUCUCGAUGAGCAAGCUGUGGACCGAGAACACGAGCGCGACGUCUUCCAAAAUGAGAUUUCCGAGCUAGAGCAACAGCUAAAGAACCAGCAGAAGCUUCCAAGUGGCUCAGAGCAAAGAAGCCAACAGGUGGAACAGCUGAGCUCCCAGUUGAAGGAGAAGGCGGACUGGUGCAGUGAGCUGCUGCUGGGCUCCGAGCAGCUGCGUCGCGAGCUGACCGAACGCGACCAGGAGAUUGACAAGCUGGAGAGCCGCGUGCGUGAGCUGGAGCAGGCCCUGCUGGCCAGAGCAGAAUCCCUGGAGAAGGAUGAACAAAAGAUGCGUCAUGCAUCCAUCACAGAGGCGAAACACACAAACCUGGAGGCUCAGUUGCACACCGAAAGGGAAGCGUUGGAGCGCAAAGAAAAAGAGAUCUGUCACCUGGAGGAGCAGCUGGAGCAGUUCCGGGAAGAGCUGGAGAACAAGAGCGAGGAGGUGCAGCAGCUCCAAAUGCAGCUGGAGAUUCAGCGCAAGGAGAUCUGCAGCCAGCAGCAAUUCUUGGAAACUAGGGAGAGCAUGCUUCAGGUGAUGGAGGAGAAGGACAGGGCAAUAGCACUUCUUAAUGAACAGAACACUAAGCUCCAACACUUGGAGAAAGCGUCUGGCAACAAGGGAAUAGAUCAACGAGAUGCGCUGAUCAAUGACCUGGAGUCGCAGGUGGAGUGCCUAAAAAGCGGGCAGGAACGGCUCAAACGGAAGAGCGAGGAGGAAGUAGAGCAGCUGAACUCUGUCAUCGAUAAACUUCAGCAGGACUUAGUCCACAUGGAGCGCAAGGAUGACGUCGAAGCCCACGUGGGAGAGGAAUACGAGGAGAUGAAGCAGAGGAUGGACGCGGUCACCAAGGAGUUCAGCGCCCUGAAACUGGAGCAUGCCGACCUGCUUGAGACGCACCAGCGUUUGAAGGAGAGUGCUGAGAACUCUGAGGAACUCGCAGAGAGUCUAAGACAAAAAACUGCCAGCCUUUUGGUGGCUCAGGCCCAAGUUCAAGCUCUUGAGAAAAGUGCCGCAUCCAGCUUGGACGAGCUCCAAGCACGCAUUCGGGAACUAGAAAACGAGAAAGACACUGAACUGAGCCGCUGUCAAAAGUUUUCUGAUGAGCUCCAGGUGAAAGUGUCCACUCUGGAGGAGCAUUUAAGGGAGAAGGUGGCCGCGGAGGUGGUCAGCCAGGCCACACUGGAUGCUCUUCAGCAGCAGGUGUCAAAAGAUCAGUCAGGUGACAAGGUGGGCCAACUGAACCAGAAGCUUGAUGAACUGGAGACAAGUUUGGGCGGCAUUGAGAAGAACAAUAAGCUCAGGAAGCAGCUGCUCUCCAGAUCCAAGGAGGAGUUGGCGGAGUACGAGAGGAGGCUGGUGGCGCUCGUGGAUCUCAUGAGACUGAUGGUUGGGCCACAACUGACGAUGACGGCAGAUCUAAAAGCCUCAGCUAGUGACCAAGCUCUCCUGUCAGAACUUCAACAAGCUAGAGAGGAAUCCGUGGAGGCCAAAAAGCAGCUGGACCUCCAAGAGGAGCAAUGCCACCACCUCAAGGAGCAACUCAAAGACAAAACUGAAACAGUACAAAGACUUAAGGAGCAGUUUGAAAAGGCAUCUUCUGAAGGAGCCAAGGAGACGCAGGCACUCAGAGAAGAGCUGGCCAAGACCCAGAAGGAGGCGAUGGUGUCCAAAGAGGAGCUGAGCAGCUGCAAGGAAAACUUGGAGAAGCUGCAGGAUCUCCUUCAGGAGCGAGAAUUGACCAUUAAUCAUCUUAAAGAAGAACUCCUACAACUGAAACCUGAAGAAAACAAAGCAGAAAAGACAAACCUUGUCAAGGAGCUCCAAGAGGUCCAAAGCAAUGCGGACUUCACCAAAGACGAACUCGACCGCUACAAAUCCCAAAAUGAGAAGCUCCAAGAGGACAUUAAAAAGCAAGAAGUCUCUAUUUCUAAACUUCAAGAUGAGCUCCAAGAGGUCCAAAAGAACAUGGAUUUCACUAAAGAAGAAGUUAGUAGCUUCAAAUCCCACAACGAGAAGCUACAGGAGGAUAUCCAGCUUCGUGAGGUUUCCAUUUUGAAGCUGAAAGAAGAGCUCCAGGAGGUCCAAAAGAACAUGGAUGUCACUAAAGAAGAGGUUAGUAGCUACAAAUCCCACAAUGAGAAGCUACAGGAGGAUAUCCAGCUUCGCGAGGUUUCCAUUCUGAAGCUGAAAGAGGAGCUCCAGGAGGUCCAAAAGAAUAAGGACACCACCAAAGAACUCAACAGUUAUAAAUCCCACAAUGAGAAGCUGCAGGAGGAUGUCAGACUUCGUGAAGAGUCUAUUAGUCGAUUGGAAGAAGACAUCCAAGAGGUCCAAAAUAACAUGGCCACCACCAAAGAAGAACUCAACAGUUACAAAUCCCACAAUGAGAAGCUCAUUGAGGACAUUCAGCAACAAAAGGUCAUUAUUUCCAAGCUCGAAGAGGAGAUCCAGAGGAAUCUAGACUCCACCAACGACCAAGUGAGCAGCUUCAAAUCCCACAAUGAGAAGCUUCAAGUGGACAUUCAGGUGUGUGAGGACUCCAUAUUGAAGCUCAAAGAAGAGCUUAAGGAAGUACAAAAUAAUAUGGACUCCACCAAAGAAGAACUCAACAAUUAUAAGUCCUUCAAUGAGAAGCUCCAGGAGGACGUUGAAACCCGUGAGGUCUCUAUUUCUAAACUCAAAGAGGAGCUCCAAGAGGUCAAAAAAAUGGUGGAUUGCACCCAAGAACUAAAAAGUGACAAAUCGUGCAAUGAGAAGCUUCAGGAGGAAAUUCAGGUGCAUGAGGUUUCUAUUACUAAAUUGAAACAGGAGCUCCAAGAGGUCCAAAAGACCAUGGACUUGACAAAAGAAGAACUCGAAAAUUACAAAUCUCAUAAUGAGAAGUUACAGGAAGAGAUUCAACUCCGUGAGGUCACCAUUUUAAAUCUCCAAGAGGUCCAGAAGAAUGUGGACUCCACUCUAGAACUUAGAACAGCCAAAACUAACAAUGAGGAGCUGGGUCUUCAUGAGGUCUCUGUCUCGAAGCUGAAAAAGGAACUCCAGGAGUUGAAAAAGUUUGCUGACACCACCAAAGAAGAACUGAGAAAUUCCAAAUCUCACAACGAGAAGCUAAAAGACGAGCUUCGAGAGGCACGAGCAGCUGCCACAAAGGCGGCUCACUCAUCCUCAGCGUCUCCCUCUCCCGCCGCGUCCCCUCAGCCGUCCUCCUCUUCCUCGUCCACCUCCCAACCCAAGAGAAAAGCGAGCAGCAAGCAGCCUCUUUCCAAAGUUACCAAAGAAAAGACCACGCCCGUUUCCCGAAAGAGCGCCGCGCCCUCCAGAACUCAAGAGCCGGCCGCCUCCAACGCCACCACGCAGACGGCUGCGAACGAGGACCUCCAAGAUGUUGUGGGGGAGUUUCGGGAGAAGGUGGUUCAGAUGCAGGAGCUUCACGCGGCUGAGAUCCUGGACAUGGAAGCCCGGCACAUCUCGGAGAGUGACGCGCUGCGCCGUGACGUGCAAAACUUGGAGGACGAGUGCAAAACACUCAAGGUUGUUAUUGACAAGCUGCGCUCCUCCGAGGUUCCCUUAUCAAGACAAGAUCGACUCCAGUCACAGUUCAAAGAUGGUUACACGAGUGAUAGUAGUUCAGACUACAGCCAGAGAACUGGAUAUGAUCUUCCCGUUGGACUUCAGCAGGAGUUUAGGGUGACACCCGAAGGUGCUGGAAGAGAUGCUGAUGAUUCAGUAUUACCUGACAGGAUCAAGUCGUUACUGCGUGAGGUCCACCAGGAGGGCAUGCACGUUCUGUCAUUGUCGGACCUUCCCGUUUCUGAAAGCGACCCUGGCGGUACUUCAAACUUGUGGCUUAAGGAGAGAGACGCUUUGCUUGCUACCGUGGAGUCACUUAAAGCCCUCAUCGCUCACAUGCAGACUACACAGAUUUCUGGCGAUUCUGCUGACUGGCGUGCGCAACUCUUGGAAGCGGUGCGCCAAGUGUUUGUAAGGGAACGUAGCGUGCUCAAAAGCGUCCUUUACAGCCAGUUGGACGAGAUGGACACAAGCGACGCUGUCAUACACCUUAACCAGUUGGAGCUCAAGCUAGCUGAGCAGGAUGCUCAACAUAAAGAGGCAAUGAGUUCCCUUCACGCCGCAGACCGCUCGAGCCUCAUGGCUGAGAUCUAUCCGCUACGGGUUCAGCUGGAGCGCUUUCAUCAAGGUGCACGACCCGCCGUCUUUUCGGGUGCGAAGGAGCAGGGACGGGGUGGAGACGCCGACGGCGCAACCCACACUGACAGGUUGCUGUUAGAAGAGCUGAAAGGGGAAUUGUCCCAGACCAAAAUAGAGCUGGAGACCACGCUCAUAUCACAGCAAAAGCAUCUCAAAGAACUCGAUGCGCUCAGGGCUGAAGUAUCACAAAAGGCCUCAGAGGUGGACGCACUGAACGAGCAGCUGUUGGAGGAGAGCCGGAAAGGUCGCGAACUUCAGUGGACCGUAGAGAAGGAGCGGUGUCGGGCAGGAAGGAGUGAGGAAAAUGCUCUUGAACAGCUGGAGGAUCUGAACCUGGCUUUGGAGGAGCAAAAGAGCCAAGCAGAACAGCUGACGGCCACCUUGGAGCAAGAACGGCAGGAGUCUUCCCGUCUAUGUCAGCAAGCCGAGAAGGAGAAACUGAGCUUCCAAAGGCGUCUUCGGGAGCUGCAAGUUCAACUGGAGACGCAGCAAGCAAAGGCUCAGGAGAUGAAGUCCGCAAUGGGCACGGCGAGGGAGCUACAUGUAGGCGGAAGCUCAACAAGCCCAGAGGAGAACCUUUUAGAAGGACUGCACAAGGAAUUGGAUGACAAGCAAGCACAGGUGUUGGAUCUCCUUAGCCAAAUAGAGGCUGUAAAGUUAGAGGUUCUGAGAAAAGACGAAGAGCUGAACCAAGUGGGACUUGAAUCCAGGCAGAACCACGAGGCUAUGCUGAAUGUCCAGGCCAGGCUGGAGAAGGCGGAAUCCAGGCUUUCAGAGACACGAAACCAGCUGGCGAACGAGGAAUCCCGGCGGAGAAACCUAGAGGAGGAUAAGAAACAACUUGAGGAGAGGUUUACUCAGGAUAGCAGCGCUGGACGGGGGACACCGCACGCUUCCCAACACCAACACCACCACGGGCCUUGGCGCACGGCAGACACCGUCUUGGGGAAACUGCACCUCGUUGCCUCCAAGAUCCGCAGCAUGGCGUGCGAGGGCGCUGCUGAAAUCAACAAGGAGGAGCUGUUGCUGCUCCAGUCCAGUGUUGAUGAUGUAAUCAGUAUGCUGCAGCAAUCUCCAGCUCUUCCCUCUAUCCCAGAGAGCGCCGCCCUGUUGGCGGGAGGCUCCUCUUCAAGCGCCUCCCUCACCGAGCGCCUCCUACGUCAGAAUGCUGAGCUCACGGGUUUCGUGGGCCGCCUGACAGAGGAGAAGAACGACCUGAGGAACCACUCGCUGCGCCUUGAGGAAGAACUCCGCUGCUGUCGGCAUGCAGGCGACACAUACAGCGGGCGGAGAGGAGCGUACAGGCUGGACUCUGCCGACGCAGUGCUGCUCUCACAGGAGAAAGAGGCCUUGAGUCAGGAGAAGGUCCACUUGGAGAAAGCCUUGGAUCAGGCCCUCGCUCAGGUGGCUCGACUCAAAGGAGAGAUUAGGACCGACACGCUGAGGCAGAUAACUGGACCGGAGGCGGACAACGCCGUGCUCAAGAGGAUGUAUGGUAGAUACCUGCGCUCAGAGAGCUUCCGGAAGGCUCUGAUCUACCAGAAGAAGUACCUAUUGCUGCUGUUAGGUGGCUUCCAAGAGUGCGAGGAAGCUACUCUGGCACUGCUCUCCCGGAUGGGCGGACGGCCCCCGGAAGGACUGGGCGGCGGAUCACGGUGGCAGCGCAGCAGAGGGCUGAUGCGUUUCCGCUCGGCUGUGCGCGUCUCUAUCGCCCUUUCCAGAAUGCGUUUCUUGGUAAAACGCUGGCACAAAACGACAGGCAUGAGCAACACUUCCUGUAUUGCCCAGAAAUGUGAAACCACAAGGAUUAUUGGCACCGACGGUAGAGAUUACCUCCACCCCGGUGUAGAUGUCUUCCGUGACCGAGGUGGGAGCUCAAACAGGGGACGCAGCGGGCGGGAAUCCCCCAGAUCGCCCAUCUCCGCCGCACAGCACAGGUUUCACGCGGCCGGAGACCCCGGGCUGCUCACGUGUGCCCACCUGCAGAGCUACGACCCCGACCGGGCCCUCACAGACUACAUAUCCAGACUGGAGGCCCUUCAGAGGAGACUGGGGAGUGUCACGUCAGGUGCUUCAUCUUCACUCGCUCCACUGCACUUCAGCUUGAGAAGAUAAGACGCCGAACAAAACAACAUAAGUUGCCUUUUCUGAUGCAAACUGUUCUCUUCCACAUGGACCAAAAUGCUUUUGAAAAGGAAAAAAAAAAUCAGCGUACGACAUGGUGAUGUCGUCACCGCCACUUGAAUGACGUGUAAUUUAAUUCAACUACAAAUGGUGUACAUUUUGUUUAUGGAUAAUUUAAAAAGGUUUUUUGAGAUUAAUUUAUGUUUGCGCGGGUGUCGGUUGGCUUAACUGGAUUCUUCUACACACUUGUUUUGCUUCGAGGCCUGAAAACAUUUGUAGAGAGCGUAUUUUUAUAGAAGCUUUUCUGGCUAUUUUGUCAAAAACAAAUAAAGGAGAAGAUUUCAUCCCGUCUUGUCUUUAAUCGACAUUGAAAAUGUUUCGGUCAAACUGUAUGCCAUUUUUAGUUUGAUUACAUUUUACAGAGACCAAGACAAAAGUUCUGAAAUCCUCCAGCUUCAGUGAAUGCAACAUCAUAUAAAGUAUUAAAAAGUCAUCUUUAAUUAACUCUUUUGUGUGACUUUACAGAAUGAAAGACAAUUUUCCCUGUCGGGAGGCUCAACUUUUCCCAACUACAAGUU